UUAAGUAACACGGUCGUAGCAGAGGAGCUAGGAAACAAUUAACCGGUUCUUUUAAGGAUGGAAAAUAAUGUGGAUGUGCAGACGAAGGACUGGGAGAAGACGAAGGAGGCGGCCGCGAACUUCAGACAACUUCUGCUUUGUUCCAAAUGCUUGAACCUACUGAAGGAACCCGUUUGUCUGGGAAUGUGCGAGCAUAUGCUGUGCAGGUCCUGCGCCGGCCCCCGGGCAGGAGACGGCUGCGUGGUGUGUCACAGCCCUGCGUGGGUGAAGGACAUUCAAAUCAACAGGCAGCUCAGCAGCAUCAUACAGCUCUUCUGUGAUUUCGAGUCCCUCCUCAAUCCCAUACAACAACCAGACUCCUCUGCGGCUGAGACUCAAACGCAGCCCGAGAACUCCGUCUUUAAAAAUAAGAAGAACUUCAAGAUCUGGUUCAGUCCCCGUAGCCGUAAGGUACGCUGCACCGUGGAGAAGCCUUCAGAAGCCAUCGUACCAGACAGCGGGUCUCCUGGAGAAACAGCUGCAGCACAGCUCAGCGCCCUCACCUCUCAACGACAGGACCUGUCAGUUUUCAAUUUCACCUCGUCCUCCCAAGACUCCGGCUCUUCUUCUUCUCAAAAAUGCGGCAACGAAAACAGAAACAGGAAGAAGAGGUCAAAUAAGAAAAAUGAUACCAGCAGGAGUGUGGUGGUGCACCGAGCCAGCAGGCCCACACGUAAACAGACCAAGCAGAAUAUGAAGAAGAAGAUGCUAGAGGCUAUAAACCAGAAAUGGGGAAUUACGGAGGAGGCACACGCCUCAUCUGAAAACGAGCAGCACAGUGCUGAUGGGGCAAGAAGGUCCAGUAAAAGGGUUUCUUUUCUAAGCCCCGCUGUCACCGCUGAUGAGCCUCAGCCUGAAGUGGCACAGGGGAGUACUAAUGAACUCAGUCCUGCCAGAAGCACAACGAGAGAGAGUCUCUCAGGGGGCAGCGUCACCGUGCUGAAUUACCAAACCCAGCCCGGACAGAGCACGUCGAACAGUGGCGUUCAAGAUGACAACCUGUCGGCAAACGACCCCAACCCGAGUGACAGUCCCAACAAACGGGACGACUUAUCUCCCGCAGAGCUUCCCUCGAAAAGAUGCAGGGUGAAGGAGAAAAACUGCACCUUGGAAAACACUCCAAAGAGGCCGAGGGCUUCUCCAGGCCGAAGGAGAAAAUCACCGGGUCAGAUGUCUCCAGCUGUCCUUAACCCUUCAUCUCUGACUAGCCCCCGGUGUGAUAAGAAUACCAAAACCUCUAGAGGAGAAGCAGGAAGCAGCCCCUCUGCCUCGCCCACUGUGUUCACAGAAAGCAACAGGAAAUCUCCACGUUCUCCCGGAGCAUCUGUUGGGCGGCCCAGCUCAGGAAGCCCUGCAGUUAUGGAGAGGAACCACAAGGGAGAGACCCCGCUGCAUCUGGCUGCAAUAAAGGGAGAUGUAGAAGCUGUCAAGGAACUGCUGAACCAGGGGGCUGACCCCAACCUGAAGGAUAACGCCGGGUGGACACCUCUGCACGAAGCAUGUAACCUGGGUCACCUGGCAGUCGUGGAGGUGCUGGUCUCCAGAGGAGCCCUGUUGAACACGCCCGGCUAUGAAAACGACUCUCCGCUCCACGACGCUGUGAGGAAUGGACAUCCGGCCGUUGUAAAGCUGCUGUUGCAGAUGGGCGCCUCGCAGAACGUACUUAAUCUGUAUGGAAAGCGCCCUGCAGAUUAUGCAGCGAGUCUGGAGAUGCUGGAGAUUUUCCAGGAAGCCUCAGAAGGAACCCAAUAUGCUAAUGCUCAUACAUCUCAUAGCCCUUCAGCCAACCUCUCUGUGGCGAACGAGUGUGUGAGGAGGGAUCAAAGCGUGGUGUUUUUGGCCACUAAGCUGUCACUGCCGGAGCAACGUCAACUGGCCAAACUGGGACCGCUACUGGGAGGGAGGAUGGCGGAUGCCUUUUCUGGCUCAGUGAGCCAUGUCGUGGUGCCAGAAGGACAAAUGCCCACCACCUACUCCACCCUCCUGGGUGUUCUCGCUGGCUGCUGGGUUGUCAGAUACAGCUGGGUGGAGGCAUGUCUGCAGGCAGGGGAAUGGAUGCCUGAAGCCGAGCAUGAAGCCGGAGAAGGCCCCCAGCGCAGCCGCAUCAACAGAUGUAGCUUGCUCCCGCCGCUCUUCGACGGCUGCUUCUUCUUCCUCCUCGGCUCCUUCAAGGCGCCCACCAAAGACGAGCUCGCCAGGCUGAUCCGGGAGGGAGGAGGUCAGCUGCUGAGCCGGCAGCCCAAGCCGGACAGCGACGUGACGCAAACCCUGAGCGCCGCGGCCUACCACGCCCCGCCGGGCUCCGACCAGGCCCUCUGCACCCAGUACAUCGUGUUUGACCCCCGGGGCACACACAAGCCCGCGGUGGUCAGACGAGGCAAGGUGUGGUCGGCUCCCUCCACCUGGCUCAUCGACUGCAUCGCGGCCUUCUGCCUCCUCCCAGUGCCAGACCCUCAGAUCUACAGGUGGUACUCCUACAGCCCCCCAGCCUGCGCCGCUACCAUGUAG